AGGCACAGCGCUGGCCCUCUCCUCCCGCCAGCGGUAAAUCGGUUCUCCAAACACGUCUAGCCGGGAGUCACAGAGGCCGAGAGCCCGGCGGCGCUGGCUUGGGGUGUAGUCUGAUUCUAGGGGUCUGGGAGGUGCGGCCGUUCUCGUCACUGCAGCUAGGGACGGGCUCACGGCCGCGCGCCCGCCGCCGCGCCGCCGCCUCCAUGCUGCAGCGCGGAGCGCAGCUCCUCCGGUCCAGGCGUCCGGUGUUGUCCGCUCUCACAGCGCUGGGGAUCGGCUCUCCCAAGCCUGCCCGGGUGGCGGCUGCGAUCUCCGACCGCAGCUUUCAGCCUCGCGCCUGAGCUGUGGACUCGCCCCAGCGCCUCCGCCAGCGGGAGGGGCGCCCACCGCGCUGUGUGCAGCGGCGCAGGGAGGCGGUGAGCUUGUGCAGGGCGGCCGGAACCGUGUGUGUGUGCGCGCGCUUGUGUGCGUGUGUGUGUGCGUGUGUGUGCGUGCACGCGUGUGUGCGUGUGUGCUUUUUAUCGUUCCUUGAAGAUGUGAAUGGCUUCUCAGCUAGCUGGUCCUUGGGAUUCUUGACUUUGGGAGCUGUGAGCACAAUCCACCCAUGUAAUUCAUGUUGCAUGGUCGGUUAUACCAGGAAAAAAGGCGCAAUUGGACGGGGGUGGGGCAGAUCCACGAAACAUUCUGGAAACGAGAAAUAGAAAGGGGGAAGAUAUAGAAAUAUGAAUGUUGAAAGAUCUAAGAAGACUUUCGGAAUCCCCCAGCUGGCCCUUCCGUUUUCCGGCACGAACCUGGAUGUUUUCCACCUUUUCAAGUCAUCUUGGUGUUUCUCUGAUGUUCUCUAAGCCGCUUUCCAGCUAGCUGCGUGUGUGUAUGUGUGUGUUUGUGCGCGUGUGUAUGUGUGCGCUCCUAUCGGAUGCAUUUGACAGUCUUUUUUUUUCCAACUGCCCAGAAGCAAAUGUGUUAACUCAGAGAUGCCCCUCCAUGCCCAGGUUCUCGCAGAACGCGGAGGACGUCCAGACCCGUUUUCCUGACUGGAUUCCAGGUGACUGCUGGGCUCUGGAGCCAGGUGUGUGGAUUACUUAAUCCAGAGGCUUGGAAAGUAGCUGUCUUAACCAGCUACCAGGUACAUUGCAAGGUCAAGAGAGGGUCUUGCAGCUGUUUUAUUUCCCUGCACCUUGGCUUUCCUGUAUUGGUCAGAAGAAUAUGAACGUGCCUGUCCACAACAUUUGAAGCUCAAACUUCAGCACUUCCACCUGGUUUACUGUAUAAACAAGGUAAUGAGGAUUGCUUUUCAAACUGCGUAAGGAACCCCCGACGCUUCCAUUGCCCUUCCAGGAUUCCCUUACUCCCCAGCGAAAUGUCACCAGCUUCUGAAUACCAAGGAUUUGGGCUGCAGGAGAACUUGAAGGAAACGUGAUCAAGGGCUAUGUGAGAAAGAGACUGCUCUCUUUGCUGGUGGGCUGGUGGGCUUCGCGAGUGAAUCUUGAGAAGGACCGGUACUGUUUCUCCCUCCGGAUGCGGUGCUGGGAGUGCUUGUGCAAGUGUGAGUGCGCGCGCGCCCGGCUGAGAAUGUGUGAGUGUGUGUGAGCGUGUCUCUGUGUGUGCGCGGCCGCCCUGCUUCUGCCCGCUCCCCGGGCGCGGAGCCACCGGUUUCAUGGGGCCAUUUGCGCUGAUUCCCCACCCAGUGCGACCUGCGGGCAGUGGCGGCAGUGGCAGAAGCCACCUCUCUGACUCCCUAGGAUGCGGGUGCUGAACUAUGGCAAAGGGCAGCGAAGUGAUGAGCGAGACCCCAGCACGACCGUGAAAACCACCUGGAGCCACCUUGCCUGGAUCUUACCUGCGGGCAGAAAGUCCUCCUAUGACCGUCUUUCCCCCUAGAGGCACCAGAGUCCCUGUAUCCAUUCAGUUGAGAAGAGAUGUAGCAGCUGACCACCCUUCCCCCUGACACCAUUCUCAGCACCAGCUUUGGAGAUGCGUUCACCCUGUUGGUCUUCUGCAGUAGCCAGGCCGAGUGCUGACUCCUUCAUGGUAGUGAGGAACUCUUCAGGCUCCAGAAACACUGUACUUCUAUAAUUGAUUUGGCAACAGCACAACAAAGCCAACAUCACCCAGAGACCACAAUUGGAAGAAAUACUUACCAACCGAGGGAAAUUGGAGCUUGGUGUAUAACAGGACGUCAGAAAUGCUCAGGCAUUUCAUUAUUAAAAUUUCAAAAGCAUAGGCUCUUAAACCUAAUCUACAAUGGAAAAAUUCCUUUUUUACCUGUUUCUCAUUGGCAUAGCUGUGCGAGCUCAGAUCUGUCCAAAGCGUUGUGUCUGUCAGAUUUUGUCUCCUAAUCUUGCAACCCUUUGUGCCAAGAAAGGGCUUCUAUUUGUUCCUCCAAACAUUGACAGAAGAACUGUGGAACUACGGCUGGCAGACAAUUUUGUUACAAAUAUCAAAAGGAAAGAUUUUGCCAAUAUGACCAGCUUGGUGGACCUGACUCUAUCCAGGAAUACAAUAAGUUUUAUUACACCCCAUGCUUUUGCCGAUCUACGAAAUUUGAGAGCAUUGCAUUUGAAUAGCAACAGAUUGACUAAAAUUACAAAUGAUAUGUUCAGUGGGCUCUCCAAUCUCCAUCAUUUGAUCCUAAACAACAAUCAGCUGACUUUAAUUUCUUCCACAGCCUUUGAUGAUGUUUUUGCUCUUGAAGAGCUGGACCUGUCCUAUAAUAAUCUAGAAACGAUUCCUUGGGAUGCUGUAGAGAAGAUGGUGAGCUUGCAUACUCUUAGUUUGGAUCACAACAUGAUUGAUAACAUUCCUAAGGGAACUUUCUCCCACUUGCACAAGAUGACUCGGCUAGAUGUAACAUCAAAUAAAUUGCAAAAGCUGCCCCCUGACCCUCUCUUUCAGCGAGCUCAGGUGCUGGCCACCUCAGGAAUCAUAAGCCCAUCGACUUUUGCAUUGAGUUUUGGUGGAAACCCCUUGCAUUGCAAUUGUGAGUUGUUGUGGCUGAGGCGAUUGUCCAGAGAAGAUGACCUUGAGACCUGUGCUUCUCCUGCACUGUUAACUGGCCGCUAUUUCUGGUCAAUCCCCGAGGAAGAGUUUUUGUGUGAGCCUCCACUCAUAACUCGGCAUACACAUGAGAUGAGAGUCUUGGAGGGUCAAAGGGCAACACUGAGGUGCAAAGCUCGAGGGGACCCUGAACCUGCAAUUCACUGGAUUUCUCCUGAAGGGAAGCUUAUUUCAAACGCAACAAGAUCUCUGGUAUAUGAUAACGGAACACUUGACAUCCUUAUAACAACUGUAAAAGAUACAGGUGCUUUUACCUGUAUUGCUUCCAAUCCUGCAGGGGAAGCAACACAAACUGUGGAUCUUCACAUAAUUAAGCUCCCUCAUCUACUGAACAGUACCAAUCAUAUCCAUGAGCCUGAUCCUGGCUCUUCAGAUAUCUCCACCUCAACUAAGUCAGGUUCAAAUGCUAGCAGUAGCAAUGGUGAUACUAAAAUGAGUCAAGACAAAAUUGUGGUGGCAGAAGCAACUUCGUCAACAGCGCUACUUAAAUUUAAUUUUCAAAGAAAUAUUCCAGGAAUCCGUAUGUUUCAGAUUCAAUACAAUGGUACUUAUGAUGACACCCUUGUUUACAGAAUGAUACCUCCUACAAGCAAAACGUUUCUGGUCAAUAAUCUGGCUUCUGGAACUAUGUACGACCUGUGUGUGUUGGCCAUAUAUGAUGAUGGCAUCACCUCCCUCACUGCCACAAGAGUCGUGGGUUGCAUCCAGUUUACUACCGAACAGGAUUAUGUCCGUUGCCACUUUAUGCAGUCCCAGUUUUUGGGCGGCACCAUGAUUAUUAUCAUUGGUGGAAUCAUUGUUGCAUCUGUGUUGGUUUUCAUCAUAAUACUAAUGAUCCGGUAUAAGGUUUGUAACAAUAACGGACAACACAAGGUCACCAAGGUUAGCAACGUUUAUUCUCAAACUAAUGGGGCUCAGACGCAAGGCUGCACUGUCACGCUGCCCCAGUCCAUGUCCAAACAAGUCAUGGGCCAUGAAGAGAAUGCCCAGUGCUGUAAAGUCACCAGUGACAAUGUGAUUCAGUCUUCAGAAACAUGUUCGAGUCAGGACUCUUCCACCACUACCUCUGCUUUGCCUCCUACCUGGACUUCAAGUGCAUCUGCUUCUCAAAAGCAGAAACGAAAGACUGGCACGAAGCCAAGUGCUGAGCCGCAGAGUGAAGCUGUCACAAAUGUUGAGUCCCAAAACACUAACAGGAACAACUCAACUGCCUUGCAGUUAGCUAGCUGCCCUCCUGCUUCUGUCACAGAGGGGCCCACAUCUCAAAGAGCACAAACCAAGCCAAAUGCUUCGCUGACUAAUGUUGACCAGAAUGUCCAGGAAACACAGAGGCUGGAGUCGGUAUGAAGAGCACUACUUCUCUCUCCCUCGAAAACAGUUGCCCCUGAUAUUUUUACUGGAUAAAAUUUGAAAAUGUUUCAGUUCACAACAGCAGAUUAGUGAACUGCUAUCCCCGGAAGAUUUGCUCAUGGGAGCCAAAGUGACGACAUCUCUGGUGCGGUGGAACUGGCUCCCUCACACCAUGAUUCAUCCCCUUUUCAAACCAAAUUUUUUUCUUCUGAUCUACAAAUAUUUUUUUUAAGAAAGGAAAGAGAACAAAGCCUUCAUUGGCAUCAAGUUCUGUAUCAAUCCAUCCUACAUUGCCAUCCAUGAUUUAACAGACUGUAGAAUCUUGAAUACUCUAUAUCACUUUAACAAAUAAAUGUU